AUGGCACGUAAUGAAGAGAAAGCAAUGGCUAUGCUUAACAGAUGGGUUACCAUGAAGAAGAUGCUAGCCACUGGUAUUCCAGAAGAAAGACCUAAUAACCCUAGCAAAGUUGCCUCGAUUUCAGGAUGCGAAAUCUGGAGAAGACAAGUGAUCGAAGAUGUAACAAAAUAAGGUCGGAGAUAUCCAGAAUGCAGCUCUUGGAGAGCAGAAGUUGAGGGAUCUCAAUGAUGAAAUCAACAAUUUAAUGAAAGAAAAGCGUCGAUGGGAGUCAAGAAUCAGACAACUUGGAGGUGCAGAUUACUCAAAGAUGAAUUCUAAAGCUCUGGAAGCUGAAGGAUUACAUCUUCCUGGAUCUGAAGAUUACUAUUACUAUGGUGCUGCGAAAGAUCUUCCACAAGUCAGAGAGUUAUUUGAUAGAGAUAAGCCCUCUGCUCCUGUGAAAAAUUAUGUUGAAAUGGCUAAAAAGGUUGGAUAUGAAUAUUUUAAUAAUAAAAUUUCUAAUUCUCUUAGAAAAGAGGAGGAAGAUCUCGAAGCUAAACUUCGUAAGGAAGCUAUUGAAGCUUAUAAUUUGGAAAGUCAGGAUCCUCAGAACUCCACCAAAAGAAUGAAGACUGGAGAGAAUGAAGAAGACGAGAAAAUCAUCAAAGCUGGCUUAGAUUGUGAUGAAGAUGAGUUCGAAAAUAUACAUACAAAUAAUGUAAUGUCCAUCUCCACUCAAAGUUUGAUGGAGACCAAGAUCACAGCUGAUGACAUUAAGAAGUUGAUUAUCAAAAAGAAGAAGGAAGCAUUGAUCCGCAAGUAUGCAAGCGAGGCUCUUGAAGAAGAUCCAAAUGAGAAAAAUUUAAACAUUAUUGAAGAUUAA